CAUGGCGAAUAACUCCUUGCCCAGUUAUGAAGCCUGUACACGGCCAGCCGACCCUUUCUCCGACGGCGUCUUCUAUAACGAGCGACCCCUGUCCCAUGCGUUGCCCCUCUUCUUGCUCCAGAUAGUCAUCAUGGUCUUCACAUCGUACGCCAUCUACUUCUUCCUCCGCCGCUACAACCAACCCCGCGUCGUGUCUGACAUGAUCAGCGGUGCUCUUUUAGGGCCGACUCUUCCGUACGUAGUGACUCGAGUGCUUACCUUCUUCCAUUAUCUCUUCGGCUUGGGCGGUGCGGCACCCGACUACGAGCACAUCAGACAGCAGUACCUGGGUACGGUUUUCCGGGCGGAAGGGCUUUCGUUGAUGCGCACCGCAGCAAGUUUCGGCAUCCAGAUGCACUUCUUCUUUGUCUGUGUGAAGAUGAAACCCGGCCACCUGAAGCGGUGCGGGAAGAAGGCCUUCGCCAUCGCCAUCUCCAGUGUGGUCGUGCCCUACCUCCUCCUUAACGAGCUCAAAAAGGUGUUCAAGAUCCAAGACGACUACAUGAUAGAGGGCAUCGGCUAUUAUACAUGCCUUGACUACAUCAACAUGAUCACUUCCAUCAGCUCGUUCCCUGUGGUGGGCAGCAUCCUGGCGGAGCUCCGACUGCUCAAUACCGAGCUCGGUCGCCUCACCAUGUCGGCGUCCCUGAUCGCUGACCUGGGCAGCAGUUUCUACAUCGUCGUCUACACCAUAGUGACGGUGUCCAGAAACCUGAGCAUGGGUGUGCUGGAAGCAGCAAGCAAGAUGGUCGGCUAUGUCAUCUUGGUAGCUUUCCUUUUCUUUGUGUUCCAGCCAUGGAUACGGUGGAUCGUACGUCGGACCCCCAAGGGUGGCCGCGUCUGGGAGGGCCACGUCAUAAUGGUGAUUCUCGCCGUGAUCGCCAUGGGCGCCUUCAGCGACUCCUACCUGUCAUCCCACUGGGAAGCGUCCGUCUACUUGGGGCUGUUGGUGCCCGACGGGCCACCGCUGGGGACGGCGCUCAUCGAACGAGGGGAGUUCAUCCCCGCCGAGUUGCUCAUACCCCUCACCUACCUCAUCGCAGGCAGGUGGAUCGAUUUUACCACCGUCACACAGCCCAAGAUGUCUGUGGCGCUGCUGCUGUACAUGUUUGCAGGCUACACCGUCAAGACCCUGUCCGCAAUGGUGCCGGCCAUAUACUUCAACAUGCCGAUUCGCAAUGCUGCCCUGAUGGGCCUCAUGCUCAACUUCACCGGCCUCGUCCAGAUCGCCAACUACAUGGGCUUAGCAGACGCAUACAGCGGCACUCCCAUUAUGAAUCAGCAGGCUUAUGCGGUUCUCAUCGUUUCUGGUGUCUGUAUAACGGCGAUAAGCUCGUCGUUGGUGGCCAUCUUCUACGACCCCUUGAGCUCCGACCACGUAAUGGGCUGUCGAACGGUGCAGCACCUCAUGCCGCAGGCGGAGCUUCGCCUGGUGGCGCCGGUGCUCAACGAGGAGCCCGUCCCGCACAUUCUCAACCUCCUGGAGGCGUCCUCCGCCGACGAGCAGACCCCCAUCUGCGUCUACGUCCUCCACCUCGUGGAGCUCAUGGGCCGGGCCACCUCCACCAUCAUCGCUCACAAGAACCGCAAGGGGCAGCUGGACGCGCACCAGAUGGACCGCCUCCACAACGUCUUCAUCAACUACGAGCAGACGAAGAAGGGGAUCGUCGCCGUCCAGCCGUUCACCGCGGUCUCCCCCUACAAGAGCAUGCAGCACGACAUCUGCUCGCUCUCCGUGGAAAAGAACGUUCACUUCGUUGUUGUCCCGUAUCCGAGGAAGGAGUUGGGGGCCAAUGCGGAACUCUAUCAAGCCACUCGCAGCAUCAUCUCCAAUGUCCUCACUCAGGCUCCCUGCUCCGUCGGCAUCCUCGUCCACCACGCCCUCGCCGGCUUCGGGCAAAUCGUGCCGGGGCAGUUCCAGUACCACGUCAAGAUCCUGUUCUGGGGCGGCGCCGACGACCGGGAAGCUCUGUCGUGCGGCGCGCGCAUGGCACUGCACGCCGGCGUCAGCGUCGACGUCACCCGGGUUCUCCCGCCGACGGAGCGCAACAGAGACAAGGACGUCAUCUGCGACGAGGAGCUCCUCCGGGAGUUCCAGAUCAACAACGCCGACAAUGAGCGGGUGGCGAUCGAGGAGGUGGUGGUGAGCAACGUGGAAGAGACCAUCGGCCUCAUCAAGUCCAUCGAUAAGGCGUACGACCUCGUGCUGGUGGGGCGGCGGCAGGGGUCUAGUUCGUGGUUGGGUGAAGUAAUGGACGAGUGGAUCGAGUCGCCGGAGCUGGGGAUGGUGGGGGAUAUGUUAGCCUCCUCGGAAUUCACCGAUUCCUGCUUCUCCGUUCUUGUAGUCCAACAAUAUGUUUGACGGAAAACAAGCUAAUCACUGCAUGCACGUAAAGAUCGAAAUCAUCCAUCUCUAU